GUGAAGGAAUCGAUCCGCACUGAUUACAAACACGGAAAUUGAGAAGGUGGACGUCAGCGUUGCUCGAGUGGAGGAUUCAUAGUCUAUGGAGUUUCUGCAGCUGCUAUCAUGUGCGUGCAUCAUAUUCACCGUCGGGAUGUUCACGACGGGAUUGACAGACUUAAAGAAAAUGAAGGCCACACAGAGUGCAGAUAACAUACAGUUUCUGCCCUUCCUCACCACAUGCUUGAAUAAUCUAGGUUGGCUGUACUAUGGAUUACUAAAGGGAGAUGGAACGGUGAUAUCUGUAAACAUCAUUGGGGCCUUUUUACAGACCUUAUACAUCAUCACCUACUGUCAUUAUACCAAAGACAAGAGGCGAGUGUUCUCGCAGACACUGGCGAUGGUGAGUGUGUUGUGUGUAGGCUGGGUGUAUUUUACUGUGGUUAUUCCUCCUGGAGAAGCUCAACUCUCUCAGCUGGGCCUGGCCUGCAGUGUGUUCACCAUCAGUAUGUACCUCUCUCCACUCGCUGAUCUUCUGGAUAUUGUGCGAACUAAGUCUGUGGAGCGCUUGUCUUUUUCCUUGACCGUCGCUACAUUUUUCACAUCAACAUCAUGGACGCUGUAUGGCCUUCAACUACGUGACUAUUAUAUCAUGGUGCCCAACACCCCUGGCAUCUUUACUAGCAUCAUUCGCUUCUUCCUCUUCUGGUGGUUCGGAGCUGUCAUUACAAACAAGUCCUCUUAUAAACUGAUCCAAAUCUGAGAGAGGAUUUAGAUUGAAUUGAAUUAAUUGCCUUCUCUACUUUCCUUUACCCAAGCCAGAAGACAUUCUGGUUUCCUUCACAUCUGACUUUCAUGAUACCAUCUGAACUCAAACCUCUAGUGAAACUGUCACUUUAAAUUCUGAGAAGACAGACAAUUUUCACUUUAUCUUUGUCUUUUUAGGCAAAGGCAUAGUUUACCCAAAAAUGAAAAUCCUGUCAUAAUUUGCUCAUCAUCAUGUUAUUCCAAAUCUGCGUUAGUGAUUUUCUUUUGAGGAACAUCAAGUCAGUGGUAAAUCAAUGGUAACCAAAACUGUUCAGCUGCCAACAUUCUUCAAAAUAUCAUCUUUUUUUAUUCCACAUAAGUAAUAAAGUCUGAUAGGUUUCGAAUGACAUGAGGGUGAGUAAAUGA